GCCCUUGUCGUUCCGUGGUGAGUUGGUCUCGAAAUUCGUGGGAGAUAAUCGUACAGGCACUACGAGUAUUUCGCUGCCUGUCUGCCAGCUGGGUGUGCCGGAGUGUCCCUUGACCUGAUUUGGCUUAUAGAAGAUGACCAAGCAGAUGCUGUGCCGCGGCGGUCUGCUGCGUUGGGCUGUGCAGCUGCUCAGGACAUUGCUGUUGCGCAUUGUGUCGCACUUUAAAGCCGAGCUGCAAACCAACUACCCAAGCCCAAGCCUACAGAUUGUGCCCAAAUAUGUGCCAAUACCACGCGUCAAGGGAUUGCCUAUUGUGGGUACACUGUUCGAUUUGAUAGCAUCCGGCGGAGCACCGCACCUCCACAAAUAUGUGGAUGCGCGACAUCGUCAAUACGGAGCUAUCUUUCGCGAAAGAUUGGGCGGCACACAGGAUGCAGUGUUCGUAUCGUCGGCAAAUCUAAUGCGCAGUCUCUUUCUGCAAGAGGGUCAAUAUCCACAGCAUCCGCUGCCGGAUGCCUGGACGUACUACAACAAGCGACAUGACUGCCAACGUGGACUCUUCUUUAUGGAGGGCGCUGAGUGGCUGCACAAUAGGCGUAUACUUAAUCGGCUGCUGCUCAAUGGUAAUUUGAAUUGGAUGGACGUCCAUAUUGAGAACUGUACGCGGCAGUUGGUGGACAGAUGGCAAACGAACACAGAGCAGACAGCAGCAGAUGAAAAACAUUACGAACUGCCAGAUCUAGAAAGGCAGUUGUAUCGUUGGUCUAUCGAAGUGCUCUGCAGCAUCAUGUUCGGCUCUAGAGUUUUGACCUGCCCUCAAAUGCAAUGCGCCCUGGAUGAAUUUACACAAAUCGUUCACAAGGUUUUCAAACAUAGCUCGCAGCUGAUGAACUUUCCUCCCAGGUUGGCACAAAUGCUGCACCUGCGCAUCUGGAGGGACUUUGAGAACAAUGUGGGAGAGGUGUUGAAACAGGGUGCAUCCAUUAUUGAGCUAUGCAUUAGCUUACAGCGAGAGCAGCCGCAGUCAGAGCAGGAGGAGGCAUUAUAUCACAAGCUGCAGGCGGCGACUGUGCCCAGCGAGAUGAUCAAGCGAAUAUUUGUGGAUCUGGUCAUAGCAGCAGGUGACACGACCGCCUUCAGCAGUCAGUGGGCUCUGUAUGUGCUCUCCUGUGAUCGGCUGCUACAACGUCGCAUCGCCCAAGAACGAGCUGCAUCUGAAUCGCAGCUGUUGCAUGGCUUGAUCAAGGAAACACUACGGUUAUACCCAGUUGCACCAUUCAUUGGUCGCUACAUGCCACAGGAUGCACAAAUUGGUGGCCAUUACAUAGAAAAAGACACCCUUGUGCUCAUCUCUCUGUACACGUCUGGUCGAGAUCCAUCACAUUUUGAGCAACCGCUCAAAGUUCUGCCCGAACGCUGGAUACUGGGGCAGAAGGAGCAAGUGCACCAGCCCCAUGGCACCCUGCCUUUUGCCAUUGGCCAGCGCUCCUGCAUCGGACGUCGUGUUGCUCUGAAGCAGCUGCACUUGCUCUUGGGCAAGUGCGCUUCGCAGUUCAACAUGCAGUGCCUCAAUGAACAGCCAGUGGACUGCAUCCUACGCAUGGUUACAGUGCCCAAUCAGACGUUACGUCUGGCCCUGACGCUCAAAUCCAACAUGCCACCACUCUGAUAUCUAUUAGAGAUCAUUUAUAACAUUCUUCCUAUAUAAUACACACACGCGCGUGAGGGACAUUUACUUAAGCCGUUGCCCAUAUGUAGUUAGCACACAUCAUUGUAACCUGAUUUAUAAUUUAUCUUUCGCUUAGUAGUAAA